AGCAUUUCAGUAUGAGGGAUCUCGUUGGUCGUGUGGCUCGUUUAUCUCCUCAGUCGCCGCUCGGCACGUCAGUCAACGCACCAGCUGCCGCACCAGACGGAAAAACAGUCACACACACACACGCACACGCGUUCCCACAUGCACGUCACUCAUCCUCGCCCUGCCUAGCCCAGCACACCCACCUGUCAGCAGGAGUCCGUUCACCAGCGCGGUCGAUAGAUACAUCGGCAGGGGGGGGCCAUGGGACGGCGAGCGCAGCGACGGCGCCAGCGUCUGCAACGGUCGGUCCAAGGAUGGUCCCAGCACCUGUUCUUCAUUCUGCGGCAGCGCCUUCGCCCUCCCCCUCCCCGCAGCAUUCGCAAGGGGUGCUCGUCAGAAUCCUCUUCGUCAUCGUCGUCGUGGUCAUCAUCAUCACCCACCUGGAUUCAUACACACAAACACCCGCCGACAGGCACGUGGCUGGUCUGUGCGCGCUCCAUGUGUGUGUGUGCGUCUGCGUGAGCUGCAUAUGUGUGUGUGUGGGUCUGUGUCAGGGCUCCUGCCCACCUCAUCUUCAUCUUCAUCUUCAGCUUGCAGCAUUCCAUCUGUGUCGAGAUUGUUGUCGGGGAUGGCCAUGUCAUCCUGCACCCACGUGACACCCAAGGGAACGACAGGAGGACAGACGCAUGACAUCCAUAGUGACAAAGAGCAGCACAGGUGGCCAUGCAUCCUUACCGUCAACGGAUCAGUGACCGCCGUGGACUCCUGAGCCACCUUGCUCAGCAGGGGUGUUGGGGCGCCGACAGCACCGGCCAACAGGAGGGCGCCAACGAGGCACAGAAGCAGCUUCAUGGUGAGCGAGAGAACAGGCAAGAAAACAACAAGGGGAAGCAAGCCGAGAAGGAAUGAAGAAUAUCUUGAGGUGAGAUCUGUUAAGGAGGGAUCUGAUAUUCUUCC